AUGCACGUCUAUCUCUCAAAUUCUUUAAGACGUCUAUCUCUCCGUUCUUUAAGACGUCUAUCUCUCCACGUCUAUCUCUCCAAAUUCUUUAAGACGUCUAUCUCUCCGUUCUUUAAGACGUCUAUCUCUCCGUUCUUCAAGACGUCUAUCUCUCCGUUCUUUAAGAUGUCUAUCUCUCCGUUCUUUAAGACGUCUAUCUCUCCUAAUUCUUUAAGACGUCUAUCUCUCCACGUCUAUCUCUCCAAAUUCUUUAAGACGUCUAACUCUCCGUUCUUUAAGACGUCUAUCUCUCCGUUCUUUAAGACGUCUAUCUCUCCUAAUUCUUUAAGACGUCUAUCUCUCCACGUCUAUCUCUCCAAAUUCUUUAAGACGUCUAUCUCUCCGUUCUUUAAGACGUCUAUCUCUCCAAAUUCUUUAAGACGUCUAUCUCUCCGUUCUUUAAGACACGUCUAUCUCUCCAAAUUCUUUAAGACGUCUAUCUCUCCGUUCUUUAAGACGUCUAUCUCUCCGUUCUUUAAGACGUCUAUCUCUCCAAAUUCUUUAAGACGUCUAUCUCUCCGUUCUUUAAGACACGUCUAUCUCUCGUUCUUUAAGACGUCUAUCUCUCCGUUCUUUAAGACGUCUAUCUCUCCUAAUUCUUUAAGACGUCUAUCUCUCCGUUCUUUAAGACGUCUAUCUCUCCGUUCUUUAAGACACGUCUAUCUCUCCAAAUUCUUUAAGACGUCUAUCUCUCCGUUCUUUAAGACGUCUAUCACUCCGUUCUUUAAGACGUCUAUCUCUCCAAAUUCUUUAAGACGUCUAUCUCUCCGUUCUUUAAGACGUCUAUCUCUCCAAAUUCUUUAA